AUGGAGUCUGGAUCUGGAUCCCUGCGUCAAAGGUCUGCGGCGCGAAUCGCCGCACUAAGAGGCCAAUUAGUGACGGGAACGGUGCCCAGUAGAAAUGACACCCAAACACCAAGCACAACGGCAACGGCAACGAACCAAAGUCACAAUCCCGACAAAGAUGGCUACCCAGAGAAAAUUCCUCUUACGUACUAUCCACUCGAAACACAAAAGGCAUUCACCUACAAUGAGAACCGGAUGAAGAGCAAGCUGUAUGCGAAAUACUGCAACAAAGAUCUCUACCUCUACGCCGACAUUCCGCAGUAUAAGUCAAACCCCCCACUUCCCGGCACCCCCCUGUUUCUGGCACCCACAAAAACGCGAAAAUCCACCACAACGCAAUGCCCACCCCCAACCUCCUUUUAUCACAACAUUUUCAAUUCGAUAGAGGGCAUUCUCCCAAUCACAGAAUCGCGCCGCCUCCUGGAACCCGGCUACCACGCCCACGAGAAUGGAUGGCGUUCCCUCCCUGACGGGACAGCGUACGUCACGUCACGGACUCGUUUCCCUGGAUCGACAGGAGACAUGGUCCGCUGGUGGUUCUGGUGGCACAGCGUCGAGCCCGAGCGCUAUGCCCUGUGGUUUCCGUACGACCACCUGGCUGCGCGGUCGACUUACGCGGACCGGCUGCAUCGCACUGACCUCUCUCACACGCAAAAGUGGCUCGGCUCCACGCACCGUGUAACGGAGUUCAUCGGUGCAACCAAAAUGACCGUGAAUAUCCACUUUGUCGACCCGGCUCAGUACGGCCUGCCGUGGGAGGAGCUCAAAGCGGCAGGUUACGAGGCCGCCGUUUGUGCGGAAUUGCGCGAUGGCUUGGUUUCAAACCUCAAGAUUGGGGAUUUUCUGCACCUCUGGCGCAAGACUGAGGAUGGCCUCGAACUGCGAAUUAUGGGUAUGAAGGUUGGGAUCGACUACCUUGCUGGCGCGCUGGGUUUCAAGCAUCGCAUGGCUGGAGACAACAUUGCCUAUGAGCAUUUCAUUCAUGAUCAGACCGAGUUUACUAACUUGGCUUCUUUCUUGCCGGGUUUGUACGCAGAUUAUAUGGACGGGAAGCUUUGA